CGAUUACUCUCUAAACGACCUCGAUCGCGCCUCUCUCUCUCUCUCAUCGUUUUUCCUUCUCCUCCUCUUCACGGCCACCAGCCUCCGUCACUUUAGGCUUCGCCAGUCAACGGCCGGUCAAAACUCUGACGAAUUAGAUUGCAUUUAAAUUGCAUUGGGAGCAAAAAUGAAUGGUUCUUUCCCUUUUAUAUUGGGUCUCAUAUUGGAUACAUAACUUGGAUUUACACAUUGGAUUAGAUGGAUGCAAUGGUCGAGGUUGAUGGGUUGGCUCAUCCUGCAGUUGUAGAUGAUAGUGAUGUUGACCCUCAUGAAGGUGAACUUAACACUGUUGAAGAUUCUGUUCUUCAUGAUGAAGACGGAAUGAUCGAACCAUAUGUAGGCAUGGAAUUUGAAUCCGAAGGCGACGCAAAGACCUUCUACGAUGAAUAUGCUCGACGCUUUGGUUUUAGUUCAAAACUUGGCCAACUUAGUCGUUCUAAAUCUGAUGGAACCAUAGUUGCUAGAGAAUUUGUAUGUGGUAGAGAGUGUUCAAAAAGAAAAUCUGCUGAUAGUUGUGAUGCAAUGCUUAGGAUAGAGUUGAAAGAUCAGGAUAAAUGGGUUGUCACAAAGUUUGUGAAGGAGCAUAGUCAUUCUACUGUCAAUUCUAGUAAGAUGCAUUAUCUAAGGCCACGCAGGCAUUUUGCUGGUGCUGCAAAGACCAUGACUGAAGCUUAUACUGGUUCAGCAGGUGUUCCCAGUGGUGUCAUGUCUGUAUUAAUGGAUGACGACCGUGUACCUGCAGAGAAAAAUCGUGGAGGUAGAACUACAUCUCAAGCAGAAGCAAAUCGGUCGCUUAAUAAUCCUUCAACUAUGAAUUAUGCCAUUAGGAAUGCUGGCCGAAAGAGGACACUGGGGAGGGAUGCUCAGAAUAUGCUGGAAUAUUUUAAGAAAAUGCAGUCUGAGAAUCCUGGAUUUUUUUAUGCAAUUCAACUUGAUGAAGAUAAUCGUAUGGCUAAUGUAUUUUGGGCGGAUGCAAGGUCUCGAGCAGCUUACAGUCAUUUUGGUGAUGCAGUUACAUUGGACACAAUGUACAGAGUUAACCAAUUCAGAGUUCCCUUUGCUCCAUUCACUGGAGUGAACCAUCAUGGUCAGACAAUUUUGUUUGGAUGUGCUUUACUUCUUGAUGAAUCUGAGGCUUCUUUUGUUUGGUUGUUCAAAACAUUUCUAACAGCAAUGAAUGAUCAUCAGCCUGUUUCAAUUACCACUGAUCAAGACAGAGCCAUACAUGUAGCUGUUGCUCAAGUGUUUCCAGAAGCCCGACACUGCAUUAGCAGAUGGCAUGUCUUAAGAGAAGGUCAGCAAAAGUUAGCUCAUGUAUGUCUCACACAUCCGAAUUUUCAAGUUGAACUUUACAAUUGUAUCAACUUGACUGAAACUAUUGAGGAAUUUGAGUCAGCUUGGAAUUGUAUCAUUGAAAAAUAUAAUUUAGGAAGAAAUGAUUGGCUCCUAUCAUUAUAUAAUGCACGCGCUCAGUGGGUUCCUGUGUAUGUCCGUGAUUCAUUUUUUGCUGUUAUAUCUCCCAAUCAAGGAUAUGAUAAUUCCUUUUUUGAUGGAUAUGUGAAUCAGCAGACCACAUUACCAUUGUUCUUUAGACAGUAUGAAAGAGCUUUAGAAAAUUGGUUUGAAAAGGAAAUAGAAGCAGACUUUGAUACCAUGUGCACUACACCUGUAUUGAGGACACCGUCUCCUAUGGAGAAACAGGCAGCAAAUCUUUAUACGAGGAAAAUUUUUGCAAAAUUUCAAGAGGAGCUUGUUGAAACUUUUGUCUAUACUGCAAAUCGAAUUGAAGGUGAUGCAACGCUUACCACUUUUAGGGUUGCUAAAUUUGAGGAUGAUCAGAAGGCAUAUGUUGUUACGUUGAAUUAUCCAGAUAUAAGAGCUAAUUGUAGUUGUCAAAUGUUCGAGUAUUCAGGCAUUCUUUGCAGACAUGUAUUGACCGUCUUCACAGUAACUAAUGUACUUACAUUACCAUCUCAUUACAUCUUGAAAAGAUGGACAAGGAAUGCAAGGAGUGGACUUGGAUCAGAUGAGCGUGCUAUUGAGUUACAUGGCCAGGAGUCUUUAUCGUCAAGGUUUAAUAAUUUAUGCCGAGAAGCAAUCAGGUAUGCAGAGGAAGGGGCAACUGCUCCAGAAACUUAUAAUGUCGCCAUAACUGCACUUAAAGAAGCUGGGAAAAAAGUAGCCAUUGUAAAGAAGAACGUAGCAAAAGUUACACCUCCUAGCUCUCAGGUUAGUGGGGCUGGCUAUGAUGAGAGGAAGACCUCAGCUUCAGCGUCAGAUGCAACUCCACUGUUGUGGCCUCGUCAAGAUGAAGUUAUGAGACGAUUUAAUCUUAAUGACGCAGGUCCUCCUAUCCAAUCCAUUGCUGAUUUGAAUUACCCACAUAUAGCUCCUGUGUCCCUUCACAGAGAUGAUAAUCCUCCUGACCACAUGGCUGUUCUGCCUUAUCUGAAAUCAAUGACUUGGGUGAUGGAGAAUAAAAAUUCAACCACAGGAAAUAGAGUUGCUGUUAUCAACCUGAAGCUACAAGACUACAGUAGGACUCCGUCUGCAGAAUCGGAAGUUAAGUUUCAACUCUCAAGGGUCUCUCUGGAACCAAUGUUGAGGUCUAUGGCAUACAUCAGUGAACAGCUCUCAACACCAGCUAACAAAGUUGCUGUCAUCAACUUGAAGCUUCAAGAUACCGAGACAACUUCUGGAGAGUCUGAGGUUAAGUUUCAGGUCUCUAGAGAUACAUUGGGUGCAAUGUUAAGGUCAAUGGCCUACAUUCGUGAGCAGCUUUCAAAUGCUGCUGAGUCAGAACCUCUUGCAAAAAAGCAACGGAAGUAAGAACCUCAUAGACACAGCUGCACAUCUUACAUCCUAUAUUUCUGAAACAUCCCAAUGGCGAUAGCUAAAAUGCUUGCUAAAUCUGUGAAGAUUUAAGAAUGAUUUACACCCCCCCUCCCCCCCAACAACCCCUUUUAGUCUAGGCUAGCCACAUUUCCCUCUGUAGAUGUACAUGUAACACUAGAUUCAAGCAUCCAAUGGUCCUAAGAGUCAUCUUGUUGGGGCAGUGAGGGACCAUAUUUUAUGAUGCCCUCUAGCAAUAGAAUAGCUCCAUUAGUUAGCUUGGUUUCUUCUCAAUUCAUGAUAAUUCUUAGAGAUUGCUGGCGACCUCCGAUAUUGGUUUCUGCCGAAAGGACUGUUGUUUUUCCAUUUUUAUUGAAGCUUGUUGACUUCUCACUGCCCUGCCCUCGGUGCAACUGAGUCGGAGCUUUCAGCUUGCUUGCUUUCUGCCGAGGAAGGAUAGAAAUGGAGAUCGUCGCAAUCUGAAUCCAAAGAAGCUGAUACUCACUUGAGUCGCUAACAAAGGUCCCCCCCCUGUUUUUUUACUUCUGCAAAGAGGGUCCAGCGUGUAUUGUACAUAAGGGUCAACUGAUAUGUCUGCUCAAAUGUGAUAAUAAGACAUCAAUUUCUGUGUUAUUAAUGUGUUUUAUUUCUUUGUUGGGGUAAUGGCUUUUGGUUCAGACUGAUUUUCUCUCACUCAUCAGGACAUGGUCUGAUGUUGAUACAAGUAAAUUGUAGAUGAAUAAUCGUUGUAACU